AUGGAUGGUGCGAGUGCUAGUGUUAAUGACGAGGCCCCCCGUGACGAGGUCCCCCGCGGGUCGGAGACGGAGCUGAUCUCGCGGAAUCUGUGCGCGAUAGUGGAUAUCGGGACAAACGGGAUCCGGUUCUCGAUAUCGUCCAAAUCACAGCACCAUGCGAGGAUCAUGCCCUGUGUUUUUAAGGAUAGGCUUGGGAUCUCGCUGUACGAGCUGCAGUUCCCGCCUGGUGGUGCCAUUGCAGCUGCCGCGGCGGCUGGGGCCGGGGCUGGGGGGCGGCUGGCGCCGCCCUUGCCCCACCAGAUUCCUAUCCCAGACGAUAUUAUCCUCGAGAUAUGCAAUGCGAUGAAACGGUUCAAACUUAUUUGCGAGGAUUUCGGUGUCAGUGAUGAGAGUGUCACCGUGGUUGCGACGGAGGCGACGCGGGUCGCGCUGAACAAAGACCAGUUCGUGAGCGCCAUCGCGGAGAGUACAGGGUGGUCUGUCGACGUACUCUCCCCGGAGCAAGAGACGCAGAUUACAACUUAUGGGCUCGUUUCGUCCUUUAACGCAAUCAAUGGACUGUUCUUGGACCUUUCCGGUGGGUCCGUGCAAUUGUCGUGGGUCAAAUCCAGUGCUGGGAAAGUCGACUACUGUCCGCACCCGAUUAACCUGCCCUACGGUGCCUCAGUCCUCGCAAGAAGGGUCUCCUCGGAGGGGAAGGCCCCACUGUACACAGAGAUUAGAGACGCACUGGUGCGCGAGAUUAACAACCCUGCGUUCGAGAUCCCGCAGGAGAUGAUCCUUGAGGCGCAGCGCAGGGGCGGGUUCGACCUGUUCACUAGAGGCGGUGGGCUACGUGGCCUGGGGCACUUGCUUCUCUCCCAGGAUAAGACGUACCCUAUCCAGACAAUCAUUAACGGCGUCGCUAUCCCCUACGACGAGUUCGUCGCUAUGACAGACUACCUGUUCCUGAGGGGACACAUACCGUUGCCCCUCGGCCGUAAGUCCGGGAACAACAAGAUCUUCAAAGUCUCGGAGAAGAGGGCGUGGCAGUUGCCCGGUGUCGCAGUGCUCAUGACCGCACUGUUCGAGUGUCUCCCCAAGAUCAAAUCUAUAUACUUCAGCGAGGGUGGGAUCAGAGAGGGGACAUUGUACUCGUACUUACCCCGCGGGCUCUGCUCACAGGAUCCGCUCGUCACAGCGUCGGCACCCUACGCACCUUUGCUCACAGAGAAGUACUACCAGCUGCUUCUGACGGCGAUCCCACAGAACGAGGUACCCGAGAUCGUGUGGCAGCGGGUCGCCCCAGCACUUUGCAACCUCGCGUUCAUCCACGCGUCGUACCCGAAGGAAUUGCAACCCACGGCGGCACUGCACGUGGCCACGACGGGGAUUAUAGCAGGGUGCCAUGGGCUGUCCCACAGAGUCCGCGCGUUAAUCGGCAUCGCCCUUUGCAACAGGUGGGGGGGGAACAUCCCGGAGAACGAGGAACUGUUCCUCAACUCGCUCGAACAACUAAUCCUCAACGACACAGACAAGACUCGCGUUCGCAAGAUCCUGUGGUGGACCAAAUACAUAGGCACCAUCAUGUACGUCAUCUGCGGCGUGCACCCUGGAGGGAACAUCAGGGACAACGUCUUCGACUUCCAAGUCAUCACGCACAGAAGGGACAGCUCCUCCCUUGCUAAGAAGACAAGGGAGCUGCUCAUCGACGAGGCAUUGACCGCGGCACAACCACCGCAACACACAGAAUUCGAAGUCCUCGUGAACAUAGGCAAGGACGACCUCAAGACAAGCGCCUCGGUCCGCGCAAGAAUCAUCACACUGCAGAAGAAGAUACGGAAACUGUCGCGCGGUAAUGUAGAACGCGUCGCAGUGCGGGUCCACAUGCGGGAGGACGAAGCAUAG